UUUUUGUCAAAUAUAAUUAUUUAUUUCUUUAGAUUCUUUUGUCGAGUUCAGAUAAAUACUGGUAAGUGAAUAAUUUUAUUUUAUAUUUUAAUAAUUAUGAAUAACACAAACAUUUAAUUUUUCUUCUCUGAAUAUACCGCAAUAUAAUAUUAAAUAGUUCAAUCGCACUGCUAGCGACAUCUAUUGUCUGUCGAUAUGUACUAUUCAUUUUGCGCCUAGACACGCCAGAUGGCGUCGUUCUACUCAUUGCAUUACUGCACCUGUGAAAUGUGAAUGCAUUGAAAGUCUGCGUUAUUGCUUAUUUUAUUUAUUGCACAUCAAGUAUCAAUAUCAAACAUAAAUAUUUUAGUAAAAUAUUGCUUUCAUUUAUCAUCAAUUUGGCUAUAAAUCUUUGAUUAUUGGGAAGAGGAAAAACACUACAAACAAAUAAUUUUAUCGUUCUUUUUAGUUAACACAAUACACUGCGAUACAUAAAUAUUGAUAUUAGAUAUUAUUUUUCAAUAAAUACUUUCUAUGCACCCAUCAGAUCAUUAUAAAUAACUUAUGAAUGAGUGUACAUAAAAUUUUAAAAUUUUAACUCGUUACUUAUUUGUUCGAAUUUUGAUACAUUGUAAUCCACUUCAUCCAGAAGAACUAUGGAAUCCCUAUAUAAAAAAGUCAUGACCGGAUGAAGUGAAGCCAAGAAUGCGUCAAUGUGAUUGGCUCAUGUAGUGCGCAUGCGUCAAAAGUAUCGUUAGAAUUUUUUGAUUUGUUUUUGAUUUCUAAAAUUGAUUCUAAUAUUAAAAAUGUAAUAUAAUACUAUAAUACAUAUCAAAUUAUAAUGUGUAUUUAUAAUAUUCUAGAGACAUUCUACUCUCGAGAUUAUUCUAUUCUCGAGACAUAACCUUAAAAUUUUAAAAGGAAGUUGGCGACGAAACCGCGGCAAUUUUGAAAUUUAUAUGAGCGCGAAAUGAAUCAUAUAUUGUAAAGUUUGAUAUAUUUCCGUGAUAGAAAACAAAUAUUAAAAAUAUCAAUCAAGUAUUUAUAUUCCAUUUAAUAAGUUAAUGAAAUUAUAGUCUACUACAGUGCGCGCAGCGCACUGCGCCAAGUCUAGUAAAUAUAAAAAUGCUAUGUCUGAAGACUUUUCGCGCGCACAUUGCAUUAAUAUUAGCCACGAACUUGCUUAUGCUCAUAAUAAUCCUUUAUUAUGUAAUGAAGGUCGAAGUUUAUCUGAUUUCCCAUCUAUGGAGCAAACAAUUAUAGAUAUGAAUAUAUUGCCCGAAACAAGCAACGUUCCGUUAGAGCAAAUGUCAGAAAUUGGUCAACGACAAUAUAGACAAUUAAAUGAACAACAAAAACAGAUAGUUGAUACUAUUUUACAAGCUGCUGAAAUUGAUCAUUACAGUAAUAAUAAUUGCAUAUACAUUAAUGGCCCAAGAGGAUCUGGUAUUGCUGCGACUUUACUUCCAAAUGGUAGGACAGUACAUUUGGUUACAAAACAUUUGGUUUAUCAGUUCCGUUAUACACAGAUUCAUUGUCAAGUAUUAAAAUGCAGUCCAAAGAAGCUCUUUUUUUAAAAGAAACAAAAGUUUUUAUUUGGGAUGAAGCCCCUAUGGCUCCCAAAUAUGCCUUAGAAACAGUCAAUAGAACAUUACAAUCUAUCAUGAACAAUGAUUUACCUUUUGGUGGAAAAAUAAUUAUUUUGGGUGGUGAUUUUAGACAACUCAUUCCUAUUAAAGUUAGAGGAACAAGAAGUGAAACGCUAAGUCUUUCUAUUAAAUAUAGCGACUUAUGGAAUCAUUUCACAAAAUAUAAUAUUUCUACUAAUAUGAGACGUUGAUGCAAUUAAUAAAAAAGUAACUAAUCUUCUGGACAUCAAUUCAGAACACGUAUAUACUGGCAUUGAUAGUACUGAGAACUGCAAUAACGGAGAAUUAGAUGAAAUUAUUUUACCGGAAUAUUUAAAUACCUUAAAUCCAUCCAGUUUACCUCCAUAUAAAUUACGCCUCCGAAAAAAUUGCAUCGUGAUGCUCAUCAGAAAUAUAAGUAUUAAUGAAGGAUUGUGCAAUGGUACUCGAUUGCGAGUAAUAGAUUUUUCGAAUCAUUUACUGAAAUGCAAAAUUCUAACAGGCGAUAAAUCUAACAACAUUGUAUUUUUGAAUCGAAUCACAUUAUACUGUGAAAAUGAAUAUCCUUUCUCUUUUAAAACAAGACAAUUUCCAAUAAAGUUAGCUUUUGCAAUGACAAUUAAUAAAUCACAAGGCCAAACAUUUCAAAGAAAUGUCAUCGACCUUCGUAGAGAUGUUUUUAAUAAUGGUCAAUUAUAUGUAGCAAUGUCUAGAGUGCGAUCAUGGGACUCACUUAAAAUUUACUUAGGUGAUCAUCGUAGAGAAAACUUACAAGAACUUUGUUUAUAAAGAAUUAUAUUUGUAAAAUAUAAUUUCUG